GCCGAGUGCUCACGGAAAUGGCCGAGUGAGCCCGAAGGCGCAUCGCUCCGCCCAGCGAAGGCGCCCCCUGCCUGUUCCGUGUCACUUUCUACCUGCCCGGUGCCAUCGUGUGCCUGUUCCGUGUCACCUUCUACCUGCCCAGUGCCACCGCCUGCCUGCUUCUUGCCAUCUCCUGACUGCCCUGUGCCACCCUCUCCCUGCCCCAUGCCACCCAGUCGCUGCCCUACUGCCCCAGCAGCUCCACCCCGUUGUGGCCCCCCAGUACCUGUCCAGGAAGUGUCCCCCUGCAGAACAGGGACCGGUGGGGGCAAUCACCCUGUGCCCUGGCACAUGGCACAGCCGCCAUGCCAGCAAGCGAUGGGCAUCCUGCCCACCAUGGGGCGAGCACCCUGUGCUCUCCUUAGGGACAUCUGCAGGCUGCGAGGGGCUGCAGGUUUGCCGGCCAGCAUUCCCCACACCCUUCCUCCAUCAGCCCAGGCAGCAUCAGCCCCGCAGUGGCCUCCCAGCAGCCCUCUCCUGCUCAGGACAGCUGUGUUAUUAAUUAGUGUGCUUACCGGCCUGGCUGCCACAUAAUUAGUGUAUUCAGGCAGCAUGUUUCCCCUCCACCCCCACCCCGAGCCAACUCUCCUACCUGUCCAUGCCAGGUUCAUCCCUUGUCUCUCCUCACCCAUGCAGUCCUGUGCUCCAGAGCCAAAAUCCCGGGUGGCUCCAGCUCCUGUGUCCACUCCCACCCGACCCCGUGGGAUGUGGGGUGGCGAGUCCUAACGAAUGUACUUUAUUACCUCAGCCUCGUAGGGACUGAAGUUCAGCUGGAAAACAGCUGGAAGCACUUGCCUCUGGAUGAGUUUCGGAGCCCGCCGUCUGCAGCGAGGUCUCUCCCUCCCUCCUGGCGGGAGGUGGAAAAAGGGUCCUGGUUCCUGCGGUUUUGUCCUCGGCCCCUCAGGACCCCCGUUCCUGGAGCCCGGCAGGGCUGGCAAAGGCUUGGCUCAGCUCUCUCCUGUGUCGAAACCAGCUCCUGGAUCUUCUGCUUGCAAAGAAAAAAAUCUCACAACCUUUUAAAGCCUCGGAGAAGCAGGAGGUGCAUUGGAAAACGGGUGAUCCUUGGAUUUGUUAUUUUUGACAAUCUCAUCACUUUGGGCCUGACUCACGGCUUUUGAAUGUUGGGGACGGGCAGCAGAAGGGAAGAGUAGAUUUGCUCAGCACAGGCAGCAAGGACAGGCAGGACGGUCAGGCAACGGAGGGGGUUGCUGUCCUGUUUCCAGCCCCCUCUCCAUCGUCACUGGGGUUCGCGGCUGCCCCGGGACCCGGUACGGCAGGCGGGCUGGCCGGCCCCCAGCCCCUCCAGCCCCCAGCAUGGCGCAGGAGGCGGCCCCCGUCCUGCUGGUUGUCCUCACCAGGCUGGUGUCAUCCACGUGGCAUGAAGGGUCUGGCUAUUACACAGCCGAAAGCCAUGCCAAUGAAGUGUACGUGGAAGAAGGCCCUCCCGAUCCUGCCCUGGACUAUCGCCGAGUGCCCCAGUGGUGUGCCACGCUCAACAUCCACCGCGGAGAGGCCACCUGCUACUCACCCCGGGGGGGCUCCUACCGCAGCAGUCUGGGGACGCGCUGCGAGCUGAGCUGCACCCGCGGGUACCGGCUGGUGGGUCCCAGCACUGUCCAGUGCCUGCCCAGCCGCCACUGGUCCGGGAUGGCGUACUGCCGACAAAUACGGUGCCACGUGCUGCCUGCAGUGCUGCGGGGCACCUACGUGUGCUCGGCCGGCGUGCAGAUGGAUUCCCGCUGUGACUACACCUGCCUGCCUGGCUACCAGCUGGAGGGUGACCGGAGCCGCAUCUGCAUGGAGGACGGGCGGUGGAGUGGGAGCGAGCCAAUCUGUGUAGAUUUGGAGCCUCCCAAGAUCCGCUGCCCGGAGUCCCGGGAGCGGAUAGCUGAGCCUGGCAAGCUGACCGCCACCGUCUACUGGGACGCCCCCCGCGUCAAGGACUCUGCCGAUGGCAUCAUCAAGAGGGUGAUGCUGCGGGGCCCAGAGCCCGGCUCCGAAUUGCCCGAAGGAGAGCAUGUGAUCCGCUACACUGCCUACGACCAGGCGUACAACCGAGCCAGCUGCAAGUUCAGCGUCCGUGUCCAAGUGAGGCGCUGCCCCGUCCUGAAGCCUCCACAGAACGGCUACAUCUCCUGCACCUCCGACGGCAACAACUACGGUGCAACCUGCGAGUACCUGUGCGAUGGGGGCUACGAGCGCCAGGGCACCUCCCUGCGCGUCUGCCAGUCCACCCAGCAGUGGACGGGCUCCCAGCCCCUCUGUGCACCCAUGCAGAUCAACACAGCUGUGAACUCAGCCGCCAGCUUGCUGGACCAGUUCAACGAGAAACGCCGCCUCCUCGUCAUCUCAGCUCCCGACGCCUCUAACCGCUACUACAAGAUGCAGAUCUCCAUGUUGCAGCAAGCUGCCUGUGGGCUGGACUUACGUCACGUCACCACCGUGGAGCUGGUGGGGCAGCCCCCGCAUGAGGUGGGACGCAUCCGAGAGCACCAGCUGUCUCUCAGCAUCAUCGAGGAACUCAGGCAGUUCCUGCACCUUACCCGCUCCCACUUCAACGCGGUGCUGCUGGACAAGGCGGGCAUCGAUCGUGAGCGCUACAUCUCCCCCGUCAGCCCUGACGAGCUCUUCGUCUUCAUCGACACCUACCUGCUGAGUGAGCGGGAGGCAGAACGGCAGGCGAAGAGCGGGGACCCCUGCGAGUGAGGCAGCGCCAGGGAGAACCCCCCCUCCACCGCCACCAGCCUCGGGGGACAGACACCUUCCUUUCUGCUUAUCUAGUCGCCCACUGUAGAGGAAGACCAGGGUGCUGAGGACCUCCAGGGGAAGGGGAACCCCUCUCCAGCUGCUCUGGCACAGAAAUGUGAACAGGGACAGGGACCAGGUGCCAGCAACAUCCCCACUGCCCAGCAGCCAGGAGCAGCCUCCAGCUGUUGCGUGGGAUGGCUCAAGCCCAGCUGGUACCAUGGCAGGAGAUGUCAGAGCCCCUGUGCUCAAACCCCAGAGCAGGGGGAGAGAAGAGACCCCAAUACUGGGCUGCCAGAGCAGGGGAGAGCAGGCAGGACAGGCAGAGAACAGCACAACAGCCUCUCAUGCAGUAGCUUCACCCUCCCUGUGACCAUCCACACCCUGUGCACAACCUGAACUUGAUCCCCGUGACCUGGGGUCAGCUCUGCCGGGCCAGCACUGCUGCCAGGGUCCUGCUGGAGCUGCCAGGAAACCUUUACUAAAAGCGAAUUGCCCCACGCUUAGCAAAGUCAGUAGCAUCCAUCCUCCCCACCCCUUGCUUCCCCUUCCACCAGCCACAGGGCAACCCUUCCUGGGAACUAUUUUGACAGUAGAAUAACUUGAAAUAAAUAAAUUUGUACAGAAGUCAUCACA